AUGCCUCGCGGGAUUCCACCACCGGAUUCGACACGGAGUCAUUCAAAAUCAAGAGAUCAGGAGCGAAAGGUUUUUUUGCUACUGCGCCGUUUCGAGGCCUGUGUGAGAUGGUAUUAUAAGCCCUGUGGACGAAAAGGAGAGGUUUCUGGUGUGGUGUGGUGUUUCCCGCAAUACUGGUCUCUUGCACAAAGUAGACGAGGAAACAGGUGGUGUAUUCAUCACGACUGUUGUGGUUUGAUCAUCUCCUGGAAGCAAGAUGGAUGGAUGUUUAGAACUGUGGACAUAUAUCCUAGAACAGUACAUAUAAAUCCAGCGCUCUUUAUGUGA